AUGUUGCUAAAUGAAACUAGUGAUGUGGUAAACGAGGUGCCAAUUGUCAUUUCUAUUGUUGGAAUGGGGGGUCUGGGCAAGACCACCCUUGCUCAGCUCACCUACAACAAUGGGGAUGUGAAGAGGCAUUUCGACAUCAGGAUGUGGGUGUGUGUUUCCAACGAUUUUGAUGUGAAACAAAUUGCGAAAUCAAUCAUAAAAUCUGUAACUGGGUCUGGUUGCGAGUCAUUAGCCUUGUCCCCAUUGCAGGAUCGGCUUCAAGGUAUAUUGCAAGCAAAGCAAUUCUUGCUUGUACCCGACGACGUUUGGUGCAAUGACAGCGAGAAGUGGGACAAGCUGAGAGUUCCCUUUCAAGCUGGUAAACCUGGGAGUCGAAUCAUCAUGACCACUCGUAUGGAAUAUGUUGCAUCAACAAUGGGAAGCUCUCACAUACACAAACUGCUAGCCUUAUCAGAUGAUGAAUGCUGGUUAUUGUUCAACUGUAGAGCGCUCGAGCAUCAGAGUGCAGAAGAGCGUUUGGAGCUAGAAGUGAUUGGAAGGGAAAUUGUAAAGAAGUGUGGAGGGGUGCGUCUCGCAGCAAAGACAAUAUCAAGUGCCUUGCGCCUGAGAAAGACAACAAGGGAGUGGGAGGUUGUCUUGGGUAGCGAGAUAUGGAACUCAGAAGGCAUUUUACCAGCUUUGUGGCUAAGCUACCAAGACUUGCCUCCUGCUAUGUGA